AAAGUACUGCGACGUGGCAGGUUGCGGUAUCGAGUCAGCCCGCGAGCAUCUCGUACUCAUUCAAAAUGAUCCGGCUAGAAGUGCUGACGUUGUUACUGAUUGUCGGAAUUGGUGUUUCUAAUGCUGAUGAUGACGCCACUCCGUCCGUAGCAAGCGCUAUUGUUGAGAGCUGCUCCGGGUGACGUUUGAAUCGUCUACCAGAGGUCAAGAAGUUCAUCUUUGAUGACGUCCCUCUGUUUCACGAUGUCAAGUUUGUACCUAAGGGUGGCGCUCCUCCAGUCCUGCAGUUCCUGUCCAGUGACGGUCAUGUGAUCGAGAAAGUAGACCUGGAAAAGUUGAAUCGCGAGGAGUGCAACCAGCUGCUGCUGGAUCGAGGCUUCAUCAAGAAGAGUUACCCGGAUGAAGAGCUUGCGCCGGAAGUGUUGUCUGGUCUGAAGUACAAGUCACGUGACGAGUUGUAGUGAGGGACUUGUUUUGUAUGUGCAUGUGUUAUAGUGUGUGUGUGUGUUUUUAUUAGGGAGGAUGUUUUUUUCGGGGGAGUUGUUAUUCUUGAAAAAAUGUUGUGCUUUUACAGCUAGUUAUGCCUUCUAUGUUGUUUUAAACAAAAGAACUUUAAUAUACUUUUGUUAAACACUCAAAUGUUCAUAAAACUGUGAUAGUGAUUCAGUCAUUGUUACUGUAAAUAUUCAUAUUAAAAUAUAUGAUUAAGUUUUUUUCAACAAAUUUUGUUACCUUAAUGUUGAGACGAAUGUUCACAUAAUUUUUAGCUCGACUGUUUACGGAGAAAAUCGAAGGUUUUGUCAUUGCCAGCUCGGCGUCCGGCGUUGUGCUAAAACCUUUACAUUUUGUUAACCUUUUGAACAUUGGCUCUAAAAUCAAAGUGCUUCCACCUACAACUUUAAAACUUCAUAUGUAGAUGUACCUUGAUGAGUUCUACACGCCACACCCAUUUUGGGGUCAAAGGUCAAGGGAACUGGCCUCAAAAAAAUAUUCUUACAAGCUUUCAUUUAUUCAAAACUGCACCCGCAGCUGAGUGUUGGUAUACAUUAUGCCGUGCUCUUGUUGUGUCUUGUUAUCAUAUUGUCGUAGACUUUUUCUAUGUCUUAACAGAGGAUCUCACUGCACAACAGCAACAUUAAGUUCCAUGUUAAUAACAUGUACAUUUUUUUUUAUUUCAUUGUUUCUUAAUCCAUUUGUUUAAACAUAAUGUAACUAGUUGCAUUUUAGGAGCAUACCUUGCCUUAUAAGCGUCUCAGUCUCUUAUCUAAUGUGGGAAUAGGUAUUGAAAUCCUUUCUGCGGUCAUCCCCCCUGCCUUUGAUUUAAAUAGGUCAGUUUCUGGCACAAGUAUGUACAUUGGGUACCCUUAAACCAGCUUAUCCAGGUAAAGUGAGUUGGUUAACAGACCAUUGUCAUUUGACUGAAAAUAGCGACAAAAUCUAAUUAAACGAACAAUAACAACUUUCUAGAGCGAGAUUGUUUUGCCAGUGUGUACGGUUGUUAUGCUUGUAUGUACUAUAUAUAUGUCAGUGUGUACGGUUAAUUGCGUUCAAGCGCAGUACAUAUCGCAUAAUGCCUUGUCCAUGCUCCCUGCUGGGUGUUUGAUGAACCCCAGCCCCCCCCCCCCCCCCCUUCGACCCUCACCGCUGACCUUCGGGAGCCUCCAUGCAGGAGCAGCCAGGGAGCAUUUGUGAAGUCUCCACCGGAAACUGCUCUCGCGGUGGAGACGGAUGUUCUGCUUGCCUGACGCUCACUGCGGCGCCCGGGGCUUACCGGUGGGGAAUGUUAUCCUUAUCAUGUCUUAAUUUAUUUUAGUCUUGUUCUAGGUAAAAUGGGCUUAAUGCAUGUGCGUAAAGUGUCGUUCCCAGAUUAGCAUGUGCAGUCCACACAGGCUAAUCAGGGUAGACACUUUACGCUUUUAUGAUUUUUUUUGUUUUAAGAAGGUCUAUUGUAACCAAAAAUCCACUCUAUGUGACAAGUGUCAUCCCUGUUUAGGCUGUGCAGACUGAACAAGCUAGUCUGGAAGGACACUUUGCGCACAUGCAAGCUACUCUGGAAGGACACUGCGCACAUGCAUUAAGUUCCGUUUUCCCAGAGCGCAGCUGAUUUAUUUAUUAUAUAAUAAAAUGUGUAAACUGGA